AUGGCCUGGUCAAAGAAGGGAACUCCCGCCGUAAUUACAGUGCCUACAACUAAAGCAAACACAACAUCGAUUUUAGGUGCAAUAUCUGCAACUGGUUUAAUCAAUAGACUUCGAGAACACCUGAAUAUCCACGGUAUAUCUACACCUCGCAGAUCUCUGGGAUUCCGAAGAAAAAACAACGAGAAAUAUACCUUUGUGAAAUGUGGAAACGGUCACGCCGACCAACACCAGCAUACAAAAUCACAGUCGACAGCACAACAGCAUCAGAACAACGGUCAAAAUCGAGAGCCGUCGCCAUCACGACAACGACAGGAAAGCAGCCAUGAUCAAGAACAAUCAUCGUUGCAGCAGCAUCUGAAUGACGUCCAUUGCGUUAUAUCUCUUCCAAAGUGGCGCUUGUUGUAUUUCAGAGCUUUAGGACUUCCUACUAAAUUAGCUCCAUAUCGAUCUGACACAGUUUACCCGGCAAUGAUAGCUACUAUGCUAUCCCAAUAUGAAUAUGUUCUUAUAUGUGAUAAAUCCAAUAUCCGAGUGUCUGGAUCACCACAGCGCUCGAGCACAAGAGCUGAAGAUCGCUAUCUGGAGAUUGAGCUGUUGGAUCCAAAAGAUUUGUCUUUUCCGCCUGUGGACCAUGAUGAUCAUUUUGUCGGUCAGCAGUUUGAUGUGACAAACGCGAUGUACGAAUUCCAGUGUUCGAUUUUACGACAAGAAUGGAAGCUCUCCCUUUAA